CCUCAAUCCAUAAAUUCACCGCCAAAAGUCUCAUCAUCAGUCUGAGUGAAGUGGAGCCGCAGGGGGCAUCACCGCCUCGCGCUACCACAGUCCACAGUACCACGGCCGUACCUCGGAGACCGCCUCCCCUCCAAGCCACAGUCAAAGCGUUCUCUGGGGGACUCUUUGCACAUCGUUCGUCAGUAUGCAUUCGCUUCUGGUGAGGAGCGAUACCCACAAGCAUAUUAACCCAUACAAGGCUGGCAUAUCACCUGAGAACAUAGACCUUCUCCGUGUCUGGACCAACGAGAGCGACGCGAAGGAGGUGCUCGCUCCGCCGACAUGUCGCUCGCCUCCCCGCCACCACCAGCGCCUUUUCCCAAGGGUGCAAACUUGAGCCUAUCAACUUCGCGACAGCUCAUGAACGCCUCCAGCUCUUCCGCCGCAGCGCGAACUCUGCCACCGGCCAUGAUGACGCGAAUGGCGACGUCAGCAAGGUUAGGCGCGGGUCUCGAGCCUCUCGAGAUCCUGGGGCCAGGCAGCACAAUGAACAGCCGCGCACGCGUGCGUGAACACAACUCACCCUACCUCGCCAACGGCAACGCUGCCGCGAAGGACAGCCUGGGCAUGCUCAAGCUGGAUACCUUGUCACAAAACGGCCACAGCUAUCCAGAUCCGCGGUCCAGUCAACAGUCCGUCCGGACAGUCGACACGGUAACGACAGCGCGCACGCUCACCAGGCGGCUUCUGACGCCACUCGGCGGCGGCCCUGGAAGCGGUAAUUCUGCGGGAAGCGGAGGAGGGCCCUUGCGGACACAGCCAUCGUUCACCCUUCCGCGAAGCUCUGCGAGGAGUAUUGCAGAGAGCGAAUUUUCAACGACCUCGACCGCCGUGUCGACUGGGACCCAGGCCAACCCCAGUUACGGAUAUACCUAUGUGGGCCUGGAAGUAGAGCUAGACUCGACCAGGGUCGCACAGCUCGUUUUUGCGUGCGGAGAACAGAUUCGACAGAGAGGUCUGGAUACGCCGCUCAUCUUCUCUUCCAUGGCCCUCGAUCUGUCUCCGCAAGAAACAGCAUCUCUCAUUCGCUGUUAUCUCAGCCUUCUGCACUCCACAUCCGCGUCAAACACAUUCCCAUAUCCAACGUACAGCCGCACUCAGGCCUCGUCACCGAUCCCAACGCCUCCCGCUCCGGACGCUCCCCUCCCCGCCGCAUUCGCGCAGGACAUUCGCUUUGCAAACCCAAAUGACUUGGCUGCUAUCAUCAAAUGGGCCAUGUCGCGGCUUGGAAAGGUGCUGGCAGUGCCGAUUCCUGUAAGCGAGCCGAACCGCAAGGGAGAUGUGCAAGAGGAGACCGCCUAUGUUCAGCAACGAGGCUUCUUGGAUUUAGAUAUUUACAUGCAGUGGAGGGAUGAGGAGCGACGCAAUCGAUACCCGGCGAUAGCUUUCUCUCGAUUCCUGCGACGGCUCGAGCCGGACGAUGCCGAUUUGCUACUUGCACUAUUCUCCCUGCUCUCCUCAACGACUUCUUACUCGCUCAAGAACGGCAUGACGCCUUCGCGCUUGGCUCGACUCUUCGGACCCCUCCUCUUCGGCUUGCCGGAAGACGAGACUUUCCAAAGAACAUACGACGCAUACGUACGAGACGCGAACGCGACGGAACACCUCUUGCUCGCUUACAUUCGUGAGCAGGCCACGAAGGAGGCACUUCCCACGCGCCUUGUGGAUCACAUCACUGGAUACCCAGCCAUGCUCUCGAGCCAGGUUGCCAAGCUCGGUUCAACCGCCCGGUCCGUGCCUGUUACCAUCAUCGAGGCCAACGUGCGCUCGUACAGUCCUGAGUUGCUCCAAGUGGCUUGCCAAAUGGAGCUCCAGGUGCGCUGUGAGGAAUGGGAGGCAUGCAGAGGGGACGACCCGCAGCACGGUUUGUACCCUCAGUUUUCAGACAGGUUCAGGAAACUCAUCAACUACCGUGGCGGCCUGCAAGGGCUCAAAUCCAGCGGAGUACCACCAGUCGGUCCGCUCUCCGAGUUUGGUCUACGCUCUCCAGAUCCCAACGACGCGCUGAACUCGCACAGCUCACUGGUGUCGAAAGCAUGGGGUGACUUUGCCAACAUCGGUUUCCUCGAGACGGACUCUUCCAAACUGGCGUUCGACUUGAAGGAGACAGAGCGAAAGAAUCGCUCCGAGCGGAGAGGCACCAAGAUCUGGUCUGACUUUGCGAGUUCGGGCUUUGGCGUCGACGGUGACGAUGCGGGUCUCGACUCGGUGUUGUCAUUCGAUGACCAGCUGAAGGAGGAGCUGGAGAGAUGGCCGAAUGGACAUGCAGAGAUUCUCGAGCGGAUGCGAAAGUCGGCACGCAAAGUACCGGAUUUCUCUUACGACACGCGCGCCAAAGUCAUCUCCAGUCCUUCCUUGACUUGCACUAUUGAUGGUAACACGCAAGCUCAGGGCCAGGCAGCAGGUGCAGACAAUGCGUAUUCGAAGAUCGACGAGACGUUCGCCGAGGUUUGGGCGGACUACAUGCUCGGCUGCGGUUGGUCGAAUCGCGACGAGCUGUCACACCGCACUGCGAACUUUGUCGUCGUGCAGUACAAGUCCCGCCCUACGCCUUGGAGCGUCAGCUCGCAGAGCAACAAUGCCGGAGCGCAGCUGCCCACGAGCAUCGUCUCACCCAUCCGCUCCGAAUUCGGGGAUUUCGUGCAGAAGGAUCCGCGCACGGAUGCGGCCUGGUUCGUCAUCUCUGAGAUCGUGCCUCCGGCGUACCGCGCCGACCUGGAAGCUCUAGGCAGGAAGAAGGGGCGCAGCAAGCCGAUGCUUCGCAAACUUAACGUUUUCAAGAAACUGGGAAAGGGUAAGCAGGAGAAGAAUCUGCCGUUCUAUGAUCCAGACGACGUCUUCCAGCCAGGCUCUGGCGGGCAGACCAAGCAACUCAAGUUCAACGACCCCGUGCAAAGGACGCUAGAGUCGGACCGUUCCACUUGGGCAACAUUCUCGCAGUCACCGCUUUCCCCAUUGCAGGAAAGUUAUCAAGUCAACGUGAACGCUACGGAGAAGCCGCUUCCAGCGUCAGCACCUGCUGCAACAACGUCGCACCCCGCAGUUCACCACAUUAAGCUAGAUGUGGAACUCCCCACGAAGGAACGGGGAGGCUUGAUAUCUGUACUCCGCAGCAGGAGCCAACGGAUGCGCGGCCGCAAGUCCGUGCCGCAGAAUCUUCCACCCGCCGUUCCGCCAAAGUCGCCGCUUGGAGCAAGCUUCAGCAGGACGAAUGGGAACAGCCAGCAGAAUGGUCACGAUCAGUCAUCCUCCACUGUCGACUUUGAGACCCGAAGCCUUUACGAGGUUGAAUCGCCACGAAAAGAAGAGGGUAGUUGUAAACGCCACGCGCAAAAGCAGAGCAGGGAUGACGUCUGGGUCGAUGUCAUGCUCAAGUCCCAAGGGCGUAUUGCUACACAAGGCGCGAUCAUCCCGCCUCCGCGUGAUUCGAGCAAGCCCAUGGGCUCCACUGCGGACUUUUCGUGUCAGGAAUUGGCUGAUUCUGUGGACCUUUCUCUAAAGAAGAGUCGAUCGCGAUCGCCAAGUGGUGCCGAACUACCUGUCGACAAUGUCGGUGGAAAACCUACUUCAGACUUGUUUCUUGGAUUCAAUUCUGCCCUAUCUUCUGUUGCCAGAUGUGAGCGGCCCAUGUCGGACCUCUCUGAAUCUCCGCAAGUGGCUUAUCUGCGCGAAGACGAGGUCGAAACUGCCAACAAACCGACGGAGCCUCCGGCAGUUGCGCCAUUCAACAAGCUGACAUCCGACUCGCCCGACCCGGUCGUGCCGGAAAGCGCAAUGGAUAUACCUGUCUCUUCUUUUCCUGAGAAGGUGCGUCUGACUCCGCUUCAGCCUCAUGCCACUGGAGGGUCGAUCUCCAAUGACCCGCUCAGCCCGGCUGCUGGUUUGCGGGCCCGCUUGAACCCAGUCGAUUUGCCUCCGAAGGCGGCAGCCAUUUCUGUGAAAACCGAGCAGCCUACAAGAGCUGCCAUCGAUAACCCUUUCGACAUCAACAACCGCAUUCACGGGCGUGUCGCCAAGAUCGCAGGGCAAUUCGGCGGCCCGCCCGCCAAAGGCUCUGGUUCCACCUCUGGCUCCGUUUCUAGGGCCGCUGACGAAAAGGCACAGAAGGGCGCGGAAGGAAAGCAGACAAAUGCGCCUGCGCUUACCGACGAGAACCAGUCCGCCGACCAGUCCGCUGAGUCCAAGCGCAAAAUGCACCCACUCGAAGCUGCUGCAGCUGCUGCGCUUGAGCCGCACAGAUGGCAACCGCACAGCGACCAAGCGACAGACGCAGGUGACAAUUCCACAGACGCUGCCGAACAGCGGGAGGAGGACGACAUUGCCCUCCCAAUGUCUUUCCGAGAACCUUACCAGCCCGGUCAACCACUCCACUCUUUACUGGAAGCUGACGAGGCAGAGAGCGUCCGUUCCGGCUCGACGAAUAGUCGCAGAUUAUAAUUAAGCAUGCCGAGACCUUGUCUUCCAAUUUGUCGUUCACUUAUUCUUCUCUUUUGUGAUCACCCGGAGUCACUCUUUGCCAGCAGCGGAUCACCUCGCUGUAUUGCGUGCGUCUGCCAUGUGUACGCAAUGGAGCUGCCAUGUAACAUCGCUGCUCCCGAUACCUUGAAUUUGUAUAAUGCACUGAAACAAAGUAAAUGGUCGCAA